AUGUGUGAAUGCAUGAAAGAAGGUUUAUUGGCUUCUAUUAAAAUACAUUCAAAUCAUGGACAUACACUACAGACUGCCGAGACAUUAAGAUUUUUACCAGCUGACAAUAAUCUAAAGAGUACAUUUAUUGAAUAUUUUAAUAAUGGUUUGGGAAUUAUUGAAUCAUCUAAGUACCAUGAAAAUGUAUUGUCCUUGAAACAUGGUUUUAAGCAACAGGAUUAUGCCAAUGGUUCACUGAAUCCAACAUAUAGAUGUGCACAAAACUGGUAUGAAACAUGGCGGCUCAAUAAUCUAGGUCCACGUAGUGGUUCUGGAUUAAUUGAAAAACUAAUAGAAAAAAAAGUGUUAUAUAAAAAAGAUGAUAUUAUUGUUAAUUUUAAACAAAAUCCUUUUGCUGUUGUUAUAUUGACUCCUAUGAUGAAAAGAGCACAUCUACUAAGAACAUCAAGUGAUACUGUCUUUGUGGAUAGUAUAUCAGCAUGUGAUCCAGAAAAUCAUACCACGACAUUUGUAUUAGCACCUUGUGCUGCAGGAGCUGUACCAUUAGGCAUUAUAAUCACACAGGGUCAAAGUUAUGAUGCAUAUAAUAACGGAUUCAAUUUAUUGAAAGAAGCUUCCGGAAAAUAAAGUUUUGGUUCUUGUGGAUAUCCUAAAAUAUUUAUGACUGAUAAUUCUUCUGCUGAAAUUAAUGCUCUUCAUAAUAAUUGGCCAAACAGUAGACAUUUAUUGUGCAUAUUUCAUGUGCUUCAAGCAAUUUGGCGUUGGUUAUGGGAAGCAAAAAAUAAUAUACCAAAAGAAAGCAGACAAAUUUUGAUGAAGAAAUUCCAAAUUACUUUAUAUGCUAAUACUAUUGAAAAAGCAGAACAAGCAUAUCUAGACACAACAAAUUCCAACUAUGCAAAUUGGAAUAAAUAUAUUAGCACAUACUGGGAAUUUCGAUCAAAAUGGUGUCUUGCAUGGAGGGAUGCAACUGUCAAUGGUCAUCAAACAAAUAACUUUUCUGAAAUAACUGUUAGGAUUUUCAAGGAUAUAGUUUUAUCGAGAGUUAAGGCAUAUAAUGCAAUUGCAUUAAUUGAUUUCGCUUGUAAAGUUUUGGAAGAAUAUUACUGUCACAGAUUCAGAGAAUUUGCAAACUCCAGAAAUUCGUUCUCUCGGUGCCCCAACUAUAGACUUUUUCUUCAGUCACAAUCAAAAAAAGCCAGUACAAUUAAACCUGAAAAUGUAAUCCAAAUUUCAGAUAUUGAGUAUAAAGUUGUAACUUCUGAUGAUAAGACUUAUGACAUAAAUACAAGUGUAGGAAUUUGCUCAUGUGAUAAGGGACAAUUUGGAUCAUUUUGUGCUCACCAAUGUGCUGUUUAUUUAUAUUAUGAUGUUGUAUCGAAAAAUUUCCCUCCAGUCACACCAGAAGAUAAACAUACCAUUUCGGUUCUUGCCCAAGGUGAUAAAUCUCUACCAAUUUCAUUCUUUGAAUCUUUUUUAUCAAAUUCUUCUGAACAUUCCACUUCUAAUAACUAUACAGAGUCGAAUAUUGAAAUCCAAUCUGAAACUGUGAAAGAACUAUUACCAGUAAUAAAAAAAUGUGAUGUACCAGAAACAUCACAAACAGAUGAAAGUGUAUCAAUGAAAAAUAUUAUUUCUUUAAUGACAAAUUUAGAUGAGAAAUAUAAUUCUUCUACGUCGGGUCUAAAGAUGAUUGAAUGUCGUUUAAAAAAAAUUACAUCAGAAGGAAUGUGGGAAUCAUUUUUACACACUGCUGGAGGGGCAUCUGUACCACUUCGUAGAAGAUCUGGAACUACAAUUAAGUGCUCGUCUGUACUAUGGUGUAACACACUAACACGUCUAAUCUACAGGCCGUUUCAGGUCUGGUUUUAUACGGCCUCCUGCUCUCCUACUUCCCCCUAG